AUGCAUUUCCCCUCAUCUUCAUUGCAAGCUUUAGUCCAUCUAGGCUUGCUCUUAGGAGCUUCUGCGGUUCCUGCCCCCGAUCAAGCAUUACAACAAUUGAUGCGCAUCCCGGCGAGUAAUCGCCAGCAGAUCUUCGGUCAUGCAGCUGCUCCUCCAUUCACCCCGGAUCAUCGGGACCCGUAUGACCACAAGGUGGACUCGGUAGGCGAGAAUCGUCAGCCAUUGCCGUUCCGAAACGGCCAUGGAGCAACGGUUCAAGGACCACGAAACAAAGAUCGAGAGCGUCAGAAUCCCGACAUGGUCCGUCCUCCGAGUACCGAUCACGGCAGCAUGUCCAACAUGCGCUGGAGCUUUGCGGAUUCGCAUACGCGCAUUGAGGAGGGUGGAUGGACUCGUCAAACCACGAUUCGUGAACUACCCACCAGUCGAGAGUUAGCUGGCGUCAACAUGCGUCUCGAUGAAGGAGUUAUUCGUGAGCUGCACUGGCAUACCGAGGCAGAGUGGGCGUACAUCUUGGCUGGUCGAGUUCGAGUCACAGGGCUGGAUCCCGACGGUGGCAGCUUUAUGGAUGAUCUCGAAGCUGGCGAUCUCUGGUACUUCCCAGCCGGACAUCCGCACUCUCUACAGGGACUGAGUCCCAACGGUACCGAGUUCCUUUUGAUCUUUGAUGACGGGAAUUUCUCCGAAGAGUCGACUUUCCUGUUGACUGACUGGAUGGCACAUACCCCGAAAUCAGUGCUUGCAGAAAACUUCCGCGUCAAACCAGACACGUUCAAGUCCAUCCCUGACAGCGAAAAGUACAUUUUCCAGGGAUCCAUGCCCGACAGCAUCGAGAGAGAAAAACCCCGUGGCUUCAAAAAGUCCAAGCUCCAAUUCACGCACCACAUGGAUGCACAAGAGCCCAUGCGCACCUCGGGAGGAAGCGUCCGAAUCACCGACUCAACAAACUUCCCGAUUUCCAAGACCGUAGCUGCUGCGCAUCUGGAAAUUCAACCGGGUGCGAUCCGCGAGAUGCACUGGCACCCCAACGCAGAUGAAUGGAGUUACUUCAAAAAGGGACGAGCAAGAGUGACCAUCUUCGCUGCGGAAGGGAAUGCCCGUACGUUCAACUAUAUGGCGGGCGAUGUGGGCAUUGUGCCGCGCAACAUGGGACACUUUAUUGAGAACUUGAGCGAUGACGAGCCGCUAGAGGUUCUGGAGAUUUUCCGCGCGGACAAGUUUCAGGAUUUCUCCCUGUUCCAGUGGCUAGGAGAGACUCCGCGCCGCAUGGUUGCCGAUCACAUCUUUGCGGGUGAUCCCAAGGCCGCGGAGGAGUUUUUGAAACAGAUUGAGGGCGCUGAGAAGGAGCCUCUCAAGGAUGCUUGA